GUGCUCAAUUUCCGCACCACCUUCGUCAGCAAGUCGGGCCAGGUGGUGUUCGACCCGCACUCCAUCUUCCUGCACUACCUCACCAGCUGGUUCCUGCUGGACCUGCUCGCUGCCCUGCCCUUCGACCUGCUCUACGCCUUCAAGGUCAACGUGUAUUUCGGGGCUCACCUGCUGAAGACGGUGCGGCUGCUGCGGCUGCUGCGGCUGCUGCCGAACCUGGACCGGUACUCGCAGUACAGCGCCGUGGUGCUGACGCUGCUCAUGAUCGUCUUUGCCCUGCUGGCCCACUGGGUCGCCUGUGUCUGGUUCUUCAUCGGCCAGCUGGAGAUCGAGAGCAGCCACUCGGAGCUGCCAGAGAUCGGUUGGCUCCAGGAGCUGGCGCGACGUCUCGAGAGCCCCUACUACCUGGCGAGGAAGAGCUGCAGAUCCCCGGCCAACGGGACGGACCCGGGGGGGCCCCCUGGGGCCAACUGCAGCCUCAACGGGAGCAGCUGGGAGCUGCUGGGGGGCCCAUCUCUGCGCAGCUCCUACCUCACCUCCCUCUACUUCGCCCUCAGCAGCCUGACCAGCGUCGGUUUUGGCAACGUCUCGGCCAACACCGACACCGAGAAAAUCUUCUCCAUCUGCACCAUGCUCAUCGGGGCGCUGAUGCACGCCGUGGUGUUCGGGAACGUGACGGCCAUUAUCCAGCGCAUGUACGCCCGGCGCUUCCUCUACCACAGCCGCACCCGUGACCUGCGGGACUUCAUCCGCAUCCACCGCAUCCCCAAGGCGCUCAGGCAGCGCAUGCUGGAGUUCUUCCAGACCAGCUGGGCCCUGCACAACGGCAUCGACACCCACGAGCUGGCUGCAGAGCCUGCCAGACGAGCUGCGGCCGACAUCGCCAUGCACUGAAAAGACAAGGAGCUGCUUAGCUGCGCCGUGUUCGAGGCAGCGGCCCGGGGCUGCCUUCGCGCCCUCUCGCUCAGCAUCAAGCCAGCGGUCUGCACCCCGGCGAGUUCCUCAUCCGCGGGGCGCACGCCCCUGCAAGCCCUCUACCUUCGGGUCGGGCUCUCAUGGAGUGCUGAGGGACAACACCGUCUGUCUGAAGCCAUCCUAGGGAAGGGGGACCUGCUGGGCUGCGACCUCUCGGGCCAGGAGCGCGUGAUCAAGGCCAACGCGGACGUCAAGGGUCUGACCUACUGUGACCUGCAGUGCCUGAGUCUGCGGGGGCUGGGCGAGAGCCUGGUGUUGUACCCCGAGUUCGCCCGCAAGUUCCGCCAGGAGAUCUGCGCUGAGCUCAGCUACAACCUGGGCAGCGCCGGGGCCCAGGCCGACACCAGCUUGCUGAACGGUGACAAUACCCUGCUGGAGGACAAGGCGGCCGAGGCCGUGCAGGACUCCCCGGUGCCCCCACCCCGCUUGCCAGCCGGCCCAGCUCUGGAGCCCUCGUCCAGCCCCCAGCCGCUCCAUGGCUGCCCCCCCUCGGCUGUGGGAGCCAAGCUGCUGUCGCCCAGGAGGGGUGUCCUGCCCCGGACACGGCGCCUGCCACCUGCUGCUGGCCCCCAGGCCCUGCAGCUCCACAGCCUGCCCUGCAUGGGGCCCCCCGACCUCAGCCCCAGGGUGGUGGACGGCAUCGAGGAAGACGCCUGCGGCUCGGAUAAGUCCAUGUUCAGCUUCCAGGUUGGCCCCUCAGGCCCCGACUGCAGCAGCCCCUCCACUGGGCCAGAGAGCAGGCUGCUCGCUAUCCCCCUGGGCCCCGCAGAGCUGACAGGCACUGAUGCCAUCGAGAAGCUGCGGCAGGCGGUAGCCAAGCUGUCAAGGCAGGUCCUGCAGAUGCGCGAGGGGCUGGAGUCGGUGCACCAGGCCCUGCAGCUCUUCCUGCUGUCCCAGUCGCCGGCCCCGCUCACCUGCCCCGAGGGCACCUUCCCCAGUGCCACCCUGCUGCAGCCGCUGCGCGUGGAGACGGGCAUCUCGGCCUUCUUCCUGCACAGCUCCGCACCCAGCCCGUGUCUCAACGCAGCCUGCCCCCACGCCCGGCCUGUGCCCCCAUGGGCCUGGGCCCCCCCUGCCUCCCACAGCUCCCCCUGGCCUGGCGCCCCAUGGACCUCGGCAGGGAAGAUGGACGCGGAGCUCGCAGCUAACACGGCCCCUGCCCCGGCGGAGCUCAGCAGCACGUGGUCAGCAGCUGGCCCCACAGCAGCACCGGGUGGACACCACGGGGCCAUGCACCCCCCACAGGCUCCGCCAGCCACUGAGACGGACCCCCAGGGACCUCCAGCUCCGGCCGCUUUGCCUCUGCCCUGGGACCCGCCUGGCCUGGAGAUGGUGCUGCUGGGCUGCCACAGUGCCAUGGGCACCCCCUGCUGGCCCCGGGAGGAGGGCACAGGCAUGUGAAGGCUGCACCCCCCCCACACACUGGGAUUUUUCUACCCCCCUGGAGAGCCAAGGGGCCUGGCCUGGCUGCAAAACCCCUAUACGGAGCCCCCGCUGGCUGCAGGGCUCAGGCCUCAUUCCCAAGCCAGCAGUGCCACGGGGGGGAGAGACCAGAGCUGCCUCCCGGAGCUCGUGGGCCCCCAAGGGCACAGGGGGAGCGCCCCGCCUGGCCUGUGGAGCUGGGGGGAGGCAGUGGGGGGCAGCAGGGCUUCCAGUCCAUAGGACUUCCCCUCCCGCUCCCUUUUUACAGUAAAAUAGCUGCCUUUGGA